AUGCUCACUUUCAAUGAUAACAAAGCUGGUAUGGCUGGCCUGGAUAAGGAAAAAAUCACAAAAGUAAUCGAAGAGAAUACUUCAAUGAACUAUUCAUCGUUCACCAAAAAACAGCAGCAAAGAGUUGAAGAAAAAAUUGCGGAAAUCAAAUUCAAAUUAAUUUCUGCAUCAGAUUAUGAACGAAUGAGAGCCGCGGAAUUGAUGGAUUCCAUGGCAUUUGAGCUUGAAAUGCAAAGAGAUCUGUCACGAAACUGUGUUUGUAUCGAUAUGGAUGCAUACUUUGCUUCCGUAGAAAUGCGAGAUAAUCCAAAACUCCGUACCAUUCCAAUGGCUGUUGGGACGCAAUCAAUGCUGAGCACCUCAAACUACAUCGCUCGUCGGUUUGGAGUUCGAGCUGCAAUGCCGGGAUUCAUUGCUAAAAAGUUAUGUCCAAAUUUAGUAAUUGUUCCUGGAAAUUAUCGGAAAUAUUCAAAAAUUAGUAAGCAAUUCGCUGAGAUCUUCUCAGAAUAUGAUGAGGAUCUUGGAAUGAUGUCUCUCGAUGAAGCUUACAUAGAUUUAACUGAAUAUUUAUAUGGAAGAACUGAAUCCAGAAAACUUCAGCGAGUUCGUUACGGAGGCGAAUGUAUCUGCAGACUUCCUCUUAUUGACGAAAGCCCUUCAGAAAACCUUGAAAAAUCUGAAGAAAUUUGUGAAAAUUGUAAAAAAGUUCGAAUUCUGUACAAAGAUGAAGUCGAAUUUGGCAGCAGCCGAGAGGAGGUUGUUCGAGAAAUGCGGUUUCGAGUUGAGCAAGCUACCGGAUUGACGUGUAGUGCAGGAAUUGCUGCCAAUUUUAUGCUAGCAAAGAUAUGUUCCGAUAUGAAUAAGCCAAAUGGUCAAUAUUCUCUGGAAAACGAUAGGGACAAAAUUCUGGAAUUCUUGGAAAAACUGCCAAUCCGAAAGGUUUGUGGAAUUGGACGAGUCAGCGAAUCUCAUUUGAAAGCUUGUGGAAUUGAAACUGUUGGUGAUAUGCUUCUCAAAAAAGCUAUAUUUCCCUUGAUAUUUUCCCCAUUGGCGCAGGAAUCGUUCUUGCGUACUGCUCUUGGUCUCCCUGGAAAACCUUCAGAAAGCGAUCCGAAAAGGAAAAGCGUCUCCGUUGAAAGGACAUUUACACCGACAAGUGAUUAUUCAAUAUUGAGAAUUGAACACAUUGAAAUAUGUAAAAUGUUGGAUGAAGAUGUUAAGAAGAUUGGAAUAAUAGGAGCAAAAACGGUUACAUUGAAGCUCAAACUUUCAUCUUUUGAUGUACUCACCAGAUCGCUGACUCCUUCGAAUUCUCAACUCAUUUGCACAUUUGACGAUAUCUUAAAAUACUCGCUGGAGUUGCUCGAUAAAGAAAAGGGAAAAGAAAUUCGGUUGCUUGGUGUUCGAUUAUCGCAAUUGAUAUUUCAGAACGAUCAAGAAGCUUCGAAAAAAAUCAAGCCGGUGAGAUGA